AUGCUCCAAUUAAAGUCUCUCAAAGGCUCCGAGCAGGCUUGGCUGCUGCUUCAGCCUUCCAAGAGAGUCCUCACUGAAGGAGAACCUUUGACCUUGAGGUAUCAUGGAUGGAAGAAUAAGCUGGUAUACAAUGUGGUUUUCUAUCAAAAUGGAAAGCCUAUUAAGUAUACUUAUCAAGAUUCUACACUCACUAUUCUGAAAGCCAACAUGAAUCACAGUGGCAUCUAUCACUGCUCAGGCAAAGGAAGAUUACCUGUCCACUUCACAUCGACAAGAGUACCUGUGAUGGUGAAAAAGCUGUUUCCAGCUCCAGUGCUAACCUCAUCCUUCCGCAGAGGAUCCCCACUUCAGCAGAGGAAACUAGCCAAGCUGAGCUGUGAGACAAAGUUGCUCCCACAGAGGUCUGGCGUGCAGCUUUACUUCUCCUUCCACAUGGGCCACAAGACGCUGAGGGGCAGGAAUACAUCCUCUGAGCACCACAUCCUAACUGCUGGAAAAAGUGGUUCUGGAUCCUACUGGUGUGAGGCAGCCACAGAAGAUGGAAAUGUCCUUAAGCGCAGCCCUGUGUUGGAGCUUCAAGUGCCUGUGGGCAUAAUGUUUUUGGCAGAUACUAUUCUCUGUGUGAGAAUAUGCAAAGAAUUGCCAAGCGAGAGAAAGUGGAAUUUAGAAAUCUCUUCAGCUUCUGAUCAUGGAGAGGAAGUAACUUCAGAAAAUCCCAAAGACAUUUAG